GAUAUGAUGACGCCUAUAAAUUUGGGGGAAAAGACCAUUUAUUUAGUUUCAUUCUUUGAAGGCUUGCAACGCAUUAUUUUAUUCACUGAAGAUCCAAGGGUGUUUAAAGCAACAUAUGAAAGUGAGAAAGCUGAGUUAGCAGAACAAGAAAUUGUGUUGGCAUUGCAAGAUGUUGGAAUUUCUCUUGUCAACAAUUACACAAAGCAAGAAGUAGCCUAUAUAGGCAUUACAAGUUCUGAUGUAGUUUGGGAGACAAAACCCAAGAAAAAGGCAAGAUGGAAGCCAAUGAGUAUAAAACACACUGAGAAGUUGGAGAGAGAAUUUAAGGAAUAUACUGAAUCUUCACCUUCAGAAGAUAAGGUUAUUGAGUUGGACACCAACAUUCCGGUUCGCUUAACACCUACUGGUAAUAACAUGAAAAUUCUGCAGCCAUAUGUAAUAGCUCUACGAAGAAAUUAUCUUCCCGCAUUAAAAGUGGAAUAUUGCACAUCUGCACAUCAGUCAUCAUUUAGAAUUCAGAUUUAUAGAAUACAGAUCCAAAAUCAGAUUCAUGGUGCUAUUUUUCCAUUUGUGUUUUAUCCUAUUAAACCUCCAAAGUCCAUCACCAUGGACUCAGCACCAAAGCCCUUUACAGAUGUGAGUAUUGUUAUGAGAUCUGCAGGACAUUCCCAGAUAUCACGUAUUAAAUAUUUCAAAGUGUUGAUACAAGAAAUGGAUCUUAGGUUAGAUCUUGGAUUUGUCUAUGCUUUAGCAGGCCUUAUGACAGAAGCUGAGGUGACUGAAAAAACGGAGAUUGAACUUUUUCAUAAAGAUAUAGAAGCUUUUGAAGAAUAUGAAACAGUUUCAUUAGUAGAUCAAUCACCGGUCAGUCUCUAUGAGUAUUUUCAUAUAUCUCCUAUCAAGUUACAUUUAAGUGUUUCACUGAGUUCAGGGAGAGAAGAAGCUAAAGAUUCAGAACACCGAGGAGGAUUCAUUGCAGUUCAUUCUUUAAAUCUUCUACUGAAGAGUAUUGGUGCCACCCUUACAGAUGUACAAGAUGUAGUGUUUAAACUUGCCUUUUUCGAACUCAACUAUCAGUUCCAUACAACAUCUGAACUUCAGUCUGAAGUGAUAAGACACUAUUCAAAGCAGGCCAUUAAGCAGAUGUAUGUUCUCAUUCUUGGACUUGAUGUUUUGGGAAAUCCUUUUGGCUUAAUUAGAGAAUUUUCAGAAGGCGUAGAAGCAUUUUUUUAUGAGCCUUACCAGGGGGCCAUCCAGGGUCCUGAAGAAUUUGUGGAGGGAAUGGCACUAGGAUUUAAGGCACUUGUUGGUGGAGCUGUUGGUGGAUUAGCUGGUGCUGCCUCCAAAAUCACCAGUGCUAUGGCUAAAGGAGUAGCAGCUAUGACUAUGGAUGAAGAUUACCAGCAGAAGAGAAGAGAAGCCAUGAAUAAGCAGCCAGCUGGUCUUAGAGAAGGCAUCACUCGUGGAGGAAAAGGCUUAGUUUCUGGAUUUGUAAGUGGCAUUACAGGAAUUGUUACAAAACCAAUUAAAGGAGCUCAAAAAGAAGGAGCAGCUGGCUUCUUCAAAGGUGUUGGGAAAGGUUUAGUUGGAGCAGUGGCCAGGCCAACUGGAGGCAUCAUAGACAUGGCUAGCAGUACCUUUCAGGGAAUCAAAAGAGCUACAGAGACUUUUGAAGUGGAGAGUCUGCGACCUCCUCGGUUCUUUAAUGAAGAUGGUGUUAUCAGACCUUACAGGUUGAGAGAUGGUACUGGAAAUCAAAUGUUACAGGUCAUGGAAAAUGGAAGAUUUGCAAAAUACAGAUAUUUUACCCAUGUCAUGAUCAAUAAAACAGACAUGUUCAUGAUAACUAGACGUGGUGUAUUGUUCGUCACAAAGGGAACAUUUGGACAACUCACGUGUGAGUGGCAGUACACUUUUGAUGAGUUUACCAAAGAGCCAUUCAUUGUUCAUGGGAGAAGAUUGCGCAUUGAAGCAAAGGAACGGGUGAAAUCUGUAUUCCAUGCCAAAGAAUUUGGAAAAAUAAUUAACUUCAAGACUCCAGAGGAUGCUAGGUGGAUUCUUACAAAGCUCGAAGAAGCAAGAGAGCCUUCUCCAAACGUCUGAGGGAGCACAUGGCCUGACAACACAGCCAUCCAUUAUUAUAGCUUUAUAACAUACCUUCCAGCAUCUGUUCAAGAAGAAUAUCACAGAAGUGAUUUCAAGUAUCCUGUGUUCUAGAUGUUUAAAAA